AUGGUUGUCGCUGGGCUCGAGCAAGCCGCAAUAGCCAAGUCGCGAGCCGCCAUGGCCCCCGUCAAGCUGAAUGAACUUCAGGCUCGCCCGGGAGCUGCAGCCGAAGACGAGCCUCUUCGCAAGUACGUUCCUUCGACCCGACGCUUCCCCCCUUUUCAACCGAACGUCGUCGCCCUCAAGCCAGCUCUUCGAGAUAUGCAGCAAGAAGCCUACUCAGAUUCCUGGAUGUACAAAUACCCGGACGACGAUCCGGAAGGCGCAGCAUGGCACAGGACAAGGAAAUAUCCCAACUUUCAAGAAUUUAUACCGUGGACAACGCUCAUGGACGAAGCUGAACACGCUUACCACUGGGUUAGUAACCAGCCUGGGGCUUGGACCAAAGGAGGACCUACCAAAAACGGGGCAUGUCUCGUGUCGGCGCUCUUUGUCCCCCGGCCUGACGGGGGCUGCAUCUUCUUUUCGACGAUCGGCAGAGGAAAGAGAGCCAACGAGAUAAUGGUACUCAAGAACCCGAGAGAGUGGGCACCUACAUGGCUCGCUGCUAACGACGGCCGGCCAAACGCGAUCCACUGUGAAGACGGGUCUUGCUACGACUUUGAGAAAUACAACAGCGGCCUCCCAGCUUCGUACGAUAUCGCCAGUCAUAUGUCGGGGCUCAGCAUAGGCGCCGGCAAGCCGUCUGCCGGCGCGCCGAAGCAAACCGGGCUCUCCAAGGGUCAGCCGUCCACCAACAAUGUCUUCACGGCCUUCCAAGAUAUUGGCCAGGGGGAGGUAGAUAGCCACGGCAACCCGGUGUACUACGUUUCUGUCAACAUCUACGGUAUGACGAUCGACCAGCGUCAGUACUUCUGCUUCAAUUCGGAGGGAAAUCCAUUUAAUAAACCCCCAGAGGUUUCUGAGAAGGAUCCAAACCCCGCGAGAGCGAGCAAGCUGUACAAGUUGGCGAAAGCGUUAUAUUCGGGCAAAAUGGCCGCCGCCUCGACUCUCCACGACCACCAUGUUGUCCCUCAAACCCAUCACGACCUGCCCACCCAGAACUAUGGCCACGCCCUCUAUGGUCACGAUGGCGGUGCUUAUCCCCACCAUGACAACAGCACCACUAACAGGCCCUCCACUGCUAGCAGCGGCAGCAGCGGCGGCAGCGGCGGCGAGUACACCACGCGCCCCGAAAGCCAAACCGGCACCACCGGCAUCAGUGCCAGCUACGCAUCCGUCCCGCGUACCGCCGCCUACGGCCAGCACUCGGGAGCUCACUACGACGCCGCGCCGAGCUCCCGCCCCUCCAGCCGGGACGGCGCCUAUCAGGACCAGCCUCAGGCUAGUACUAUGCCCAAAGGCGGCCCGGCUGGCGGCGGCGGCCCAAGCCAAACCCCGGCGGCGAGCAACCCAGCCGCGGCCCAAAAGGCCCCCUCGCCGCCGCGCAAGGUGAAGCUCGACGUUCCAAAGUCAAAGUCCAAGAAGUCCUUCACCGUACACGGCAUCGAUAAAGGCAAGCCCUAUAUCAAGGGCGUGGACGGUGACAAGGACGAUCAGCACUACGAGGUAUCCUACUCGGAUAAGUACAACCGGUUUUAUAUCUCGACAGGGCAGAGUAGGAAGGAUAGGGUCUACCUCACCGCAGUCUGA